AUGCAUGUCGCAGAGCCUGUGAUAUGGGGAGGGAGACAUGAAGCUCUGGAAGCACAAUACUGGCGCAUCAAGUUAGGCACAUCGCUCCACAUGUACAAGACGUCGUGCAUAACGAUGGAUCAGAAGCAGACAACUGUCGAUGAGAUUCCCAUCGGGCUCCCACCCACCGAUGCUGCGCACAUCACAUCCACUAUGCGGUGCCGCGCUAUGGCUACACCCCAAAAGGCACAGAGUGAAGCAAGUCAGCGUACGGGUGCGGCGACAGAGCACUCACGCAUAUCCAUCGCCGUCGCAGACGCGUCCACUUGCCCUGGCGCCACCGCGAUCACCGUGAACGGCAACCUCACACGGGCCCGCUCGCUUUCGAGCUGUGCGGCGAACUUCGUCAUUCCCAUGUCCGCCGCAGCCUUGGUUGUCCCGUACACCGCCAUUUUGGUGAGGGCCGUGCGUUGCACAAGGGCGCGGUCGCCUCUACUGAGGAGCGCAAACUUACCCAUGGACCCCGCGCAGAGGAGCGAGCGGAGCGCAUUGGUUGCAUGCACGUAUCCGAGCACGUCCAUCCUGCACUGUGUAGGGAUCGCGUGA